AUGGUUGGUCAAAGGGGCGGCCGCAAGACUGGUGGCCGACUCAACUUGAAUGUCACCAAGCAAGGCUUCACCCCUAUCAACGGCACCAAACGACCGUUGACACCUGUAUCCGCUGCGGGAAACGCGACUCCGGCCAAGCGCGUCACUGUCGACUCUGCUACCGCAGCGCUGGAGCUCAAUGGAGACAAUACUCAUGCCUACGACGUGCUCGCCUCCUCUUCUACAGUGGACGGCAUUCCUGCCGAGUCACGCCAUCCGCCAGACUCGUUUCCAAUCCAAACUCAGCUGUCGCCAUACGAGAUACCCGAGACACCGCCCGCAUCCUUGUUGUCAACUGUUCAAACAACAGAACUACCCUCGGAUGAUUCUUGGAUGAACGAGUUUGUCGACCUGGACGGCGACAUUCAAGGGCUCGACGCUGCUUUCACGGCAUCCGACGACCAUCACGAUGACCAUUCUCAGGAGCUAUCGACUCAACACGCCGAGCAAUCCAUCAGCGAGCUUGUAUCUGCCCCCGCAGAAGAUGUUGCCCGCCUCGAAGACGACUACGGUCUUGACGAAUCCGACGAAGAGGACAUGAUUCAGCUGGUGGAGGCUUCAGGCGACAACGCUUCGAGAAUCCCACCGUCGAGUGUCACGCAGAGAACAGACAAUGAUUCGAGAUCAGCCGAAAGCUACGAUUUGCGGUUGCAGCAUUUCACGCCAGCGAAAAGCGAACAUGCAGAUCUCGAGAACACAUUCGAGGAGCCUGAUCUCCUGGACGAGGAUGUUGACUGGGACCUUGUGACAGCAUGCGCAACAAUGGCCACGACGACCCCUGCCGAAGCAAAGCACACCGGUGUUGUCAGUCCAACUUACAGCGCCUCGUCGGGCAUAACUCCAAUCACCAGGCCUCCUUUCCCCAAAAAGACCAGAGAUCGAUCCGUCGUCGUUGGUUUAUCAACCACGGUCAUCUUGCGAACUUGCUUCAGGAUCGGAGAGCUGCUGAACGCACACACCAGAUGCGCACGAGCGAAGCAGGACGUUGUUAUGGAGCUAUUCGCGAGAAUCAGGAAUUCAAGCCGUGAGAGCACUGCAAAGACCCAGCAUUUCGAGUUAAAAGACCUCUUCACCGAUCGUAAGCCGUUUCUCUAUGGGUCGCUCAAAGAAUGGAAGAGCGGCGGGUUUGUCGAUAGCCAGACUCAAGCGCUUGUGGGACGGGACUGGAAGGACAAGCUGUGCCGAUGCAUAUGCAAGCUGGUAGAGGACAAGAAGUCGCCGAUUGGACGUUCGGCGCAGAUUCUGGCCAUCUCGGAGACAACCUGGGACGACGUCCAUUUCGCUUUGCGGAUUGUCACCAGAGAUCCGGGAUCCGACGACGGUACACAGAAUGAGUCCAUGUCUUGCGAAACUUGA